AUGAACGUCUAUAACAUAACCAAUCACUAUUACAAUAGUGACGAAUCGUGGCUAAAGGGUGAUUACGACCCAGAGAGACUCAUUUCCAGUAGACCCGCUGCUAUUAUAGCGAUCAAAGAGAGGGGAGAAUCGAAAUUGGCUAUCCGACUGUCACCUGAACUUGCAACGUCACUAGAACGCGCGCUUCAAUUCGCCGAGAUAUGUCGUAAGACCUACUUGGCAGGGCAGGAACGACAUGAGCGAGCCAAGAUAUUAGAAGUCGAUCACACCGAGGCUGUGGCUGGAAUCGAAAGGCGCCUUGCCAAUUUGAGAAGGGAAGGACAAGUUGAAGAUGAGGACCAGGCUGAGUACAAAGAUUUGGAAUCACAUCGUCGACGCGCAAUCGAGGCUCGGAACAUCGCCGAAGAAACGAUGAGGCUAAUAGAGGGAGCCAGGUACCGCAAGGCCGUACAAAACUCAAAUAGUUCGAGGUCCUCCAACAGCAUCAGGCAGGAGUUCAACAAAGCAUUUCUCAGCGACGUGAUACUUGACAAGAAAAGCUUGCAGGCCGCUAGAACCGACUACCUAGCUGCUCAUGAGGAAGCUCGCAAACUCGGAAUUCCCAAGAAUUGCAUUGACUUCGUUGAGUCUAUCGAUCUGCAGAGCUGUGAUACCGGUAUCGUCAUGGAGAAAGAUGCUGUGAACCGCAGGGCCACCGGAGACGAUCAACACAAGCUCGACAGCCGUAUAAGAGCUUGGCGCACGUUGACUACUGCGGAUCCAUUACCGCAGCAGGUUAUUGUCGAAGACAGUUCGGAUCGAUUGAGCUCGGCCAGUUCGCCUGGUCGUACGGAAAGUUCUGUAGACACUGAUGUAUCCCGAGGUCUGUCGAAAGGCGCCGUUUUGAAAGGUGACGCUGGUAAACGAACGCGCGCAACACGUGAGCGCUUACAGGGGCAGCGUUCAGACGCAAGGACUGCAUCCUCCGUAGUUCAAGGAAUUGACACUGGUGUGAAUGCCGACAAGGAGCUGAAGUCAGGCUCGGGGCCCAACCCAAGUUCGAGAGCCAGAGAAGACGAUGGCCCAGAAGUCAAUCUUUGGAAGCCCUCGCAUGGUAUCAAGUUUUCGCGACCACCAGAAAAGGUACCAGAUGCGAACGAUAACAAAGACACAGUCAAGCCCAAUUUCCCUGUCAGAGUUUCGCCACGCGGAGGCAAGAAGUCGAUUGCUUAUUUCUUCAAAGCACGGCCGAAAACGUCCAAAUCAGUUGUCGAUCCUAGGAAGGCGGCCGAUACUUCGAGUGCAGGUGAAGCAAUGUCUGGAGAGAAGAGGAAAAGUAGCUCCGAAGGAUCGCCUUCCAGUAAUAAACGGAGAAGGCCUGAAAGGCGGACCGCACCAGACUGA